GUGUGUUUUCUCGUGGGCAGAUGUGACAGUGUGAGCGCUCUCACACAGACAGACGGCAGACCUCCUCCUCCUCCUCCUGCUGCAGCGCACAAUGAUUCAACUCCUGAUGCGGACCUCUCCAAACUGUCCCGGGUUACACAGAGCCGUCUGUUCCUGAGAGAAGAGCCUAGACGUUUCUGUUUCACAGCAGGAGAGUGGCCACCCUCUGAAGGAGACUCCCUUUGCCUGUCCUGGUCUGAGGGGGUUUUCCCUCCGUGUUCACACAGCGGCUCGUGCUCACCUGCAGACGACGAAACCAUGCGCUCGCGGGCUGCGCUCUCCCGGUUCACCUUCCUCCUGCUCCUCCUCUUCCUCCCCCCUGUUUUCUCCUCCUCCCGCCCUCAGUGGGUCCUCCAGCGUGUCCCUGUGGUCCUCCCACAGCAGACAGAGGCUCGACCGGCCCCCCACUUCCUGUCCCUGGCUCGCCUGGAUGUCAGCUCCCCCUGUGACCCAGAAUGCCACAAACAGGCCCCCCGCCCCAACUACUGGGACCUGCGGCAGUUUCUGGCCUUUGAGACUCUCCACUCCAGUGGUGAACUGACUGAAACCGCCAUCGGAAUCUACGGCUACAACCCCAACUCUGACACCAGUCAGGCCUACUUGUCGGGGUCGUCUAAGAAGGCAGAGCAGUCGCAUGUGAGGAGGAAGAGACAGAUCUUUGGUCAUGAUGGGCGUUUCAGUAUUGCUGGGCAGGACUUCCUGCUUAAAUAUCCCUUCUCAGUGGCUGUCAAGCUGUCCACGGGGUGCUCUGGUACGUUGGUCGGGGAUCGCCAUGUCCUUACAGCUGCGCACUGUGUUCAUGAUGGUAAAAACUACGUGAAAGGGGCGCAAAAGCUUCGAGUUGGGUUUCUUAAACCCAAGCACAAAGAUGCAUCGCCCUCUACUUACAAACCCUCUAACAUUACCAACCACAUCGAAGGUGCUUCUUAUGACCCACCCGUCAAUGACAAAAUGAAGUUCCAGUGGAUCAGAGCCAGGCGCACCCACGUCCCAAAAGGAUGGAUUAAAGGGAAUGCUAACGACAUUGGCAUGGACUACGACUAUGCUUUGCUUGAGCUAAAGAAGCCCCACAAACGCCGCCACAUGAAAUUAGGAGUCAGCCCACCAGCUCAGAAGCUGCCCGGUCGACGGGUUCACUUUUCAGGAUACGAUAACGACCGUCCAGGACAGCUGGUUUAUCGGUUCUGUCGGGCCGGCGAGGAGACGUCUGACCUGCUCUACCAGCACUGUGACGCUCAGCCCGGCGCAAGCGGCUCAGGAGUCUAUGCCCGCAUGUGGGAUGGGCGACGCAGACGAUGGGAGCGGAAGGUGAUAGGUGUGUUUUCAGGGCAUCAGUGGGUGGAGCGGCAAGGGUCAUCUCAGGAAUUUAACGUAGCCGUGAGAAUCACGCCACUCAAGUACGCUCAGAUCUGCUACUGGAUUAAAGGAAACUUUGUGGACUGCAGAGAGGGGUGAAGAAGGACGAAACAGGACUGAGGCUACAAACCCAAUACCUGACUACAUCUUCAUACAUCAUACUGAAAUAUUCAUGCCGCAGCAAUCUCAAAUUUCACCCCAUUAUUUAAAGCAGUGGUUCUCAAGUGGUGGGUUGGGACCCAAAAGUGGGUUGCAGAGAUAUUUCAGGUGGAUCAUGAAUGAGUGCCUGGAGAAAAAAAUGGUAUAAAGUCUAUGGUGUACAGAAGGCCCAAGUGGAAUACAGUCAUGCUUUAUUUUUCUAACGAGCGCAUUUCAGUAAUUUUCUCCCGAUUUUACAAAUUCAUCUUUCUUUCUUAUAAAGAAUAAAAAAUAUAAAAAAGUAUAAAGCUGGUUUUCCCAAGAGGCCAAGGUCAUUCCUCAAGAAAUAACCGACAUUUUCACACGAUCUUAGGCAAAAAUGUUUGCGUGCAUGCCCAUGAUUUUUUUCUACUGUCUCCUUAUUUGAUCAUGUUUUGUUUUAUCUAAGGUCCAAAAUGCAUUUUUUAAAACAAUUUAUUAGAGCAGUUUUAAAUUGAGCUAGCGAUUUCUUAUAGAACAGCAGUUUUCAAAUUGUAAGAUGGGCCUCUCCUUGGGGGCACCAAAGGACUUCAGGGGAGGUCGGAUCCAUAAACAAGAAAAAGAUGAUUUGCUUUGCUAACUUCUGCUGUGUGUGGGUCAAAAUGGACUAAUUAAUAGUUACUAUAGAGACCAUAUCAGAGUUGACCAUUAAAGACAAGAAUGUUCUGCAUUCAUCCUGAUGAUGCUCCACAGACACAGCAUUUCAUUUGCAAAGAUGUACAAGCUAAUAAUAGCAUAAGGCUGUGCAAACCCUGGGAUCUUAUUGAAGCAAAGCACUAAGUCUAAUGAUCAAAACCAAGGGGAUUUUUUUUACAGGUAGUAAAAGGAACUUUGGUCACUGAAGUUAACUGAGAUGUUUGGUGCUGCAAACACAUUGACAGCUGCUGCAACUGCAGGUUUUUGGCACUGAAUGAUCAAAAGCAAGUACCAGGCAAGGCUUAAGGUGGAGGAUGAUCUGCAUCUAUGCAACCCUACAUCAACUGCACAGAUACAAGCUAAUAGUUCCCACUAAAUUAGAGCAUCAUAAUCAGGUGGUAUUGGUAAUAAGGUCAAUACUGAACUGACUGUCUGGACAAGGUGGGUGUUUAAAGACAUAUGCAGAAUAAAAUAUCAAAAAUAUAAAAAUGUUGAAAACAAAAAUGUUUAAAGAUAAGACAUAAAUGUUAGAAAAUGUAGUUUACAUUUUUUUAUCUUAUUUUUUGGGGGGGGGGGUCCAUGGAAAAAAUUAUUUUCUCCUUGGUUAGACUCACUUUCUCAGACUUUGAAAACCCCCCGUUACAGAAGAGUGGUGGGUCCUGAUGCCUCACCAGUUGAGAACCAUGGAUUUAAAGCACUGAUGUCAAAUCAACAUAAAUAUCAAAAGUAAGAUUGUUGCUCCAAUUCUGAAGCAUGUAAAUACAGAAUAUAAAUCCAGGAAUAACCAAAAAUAUGUAAACAGGGCGUGUUCAUUUGUCCUGUUUUCAUCAUCUACCACAUCUCUAAGUUAUGAGGAGGCAAAACAGAGGGGAAACAUUUAGGUCAAGAACAGAAUCUGCUUUGUGGGACUAAUGGAAUAACAGGUAUCCGGAGGACCCUCAGAUCUGGAAAAUGACUGUUAUAAAAAUAUAUUGGACAGGUAUGAAUGGACCUGGACUGAUAAAACUGUUUCACUGCAUUAUAGCCUUUUAUUGUGCUAAUACUAAAGAUUGCACUGUAAAACUUUUAAUGUUUUUCUACUGAUGUCUUUUUAUUGGAAUGAAUGUACAAGUCAGCUACCAAAGUUGCCAACUUCUCUCUCCAAACUGUCUCAUAUCUCCUCUCAGUGGACUGUAAGCAUGGUGUACUCAGUCGUUUAGUUUCUCGAGUUCUCCAGAAUGAUUUUUAAAUGAUUGCAGAUGACUUUGGUAAGGUUGCACAUGACUUGCUAGAAGCACACUUCGUUGAAUGCUGUGUGUUAAUGUUUGGUACCAUCUGGUGGCAGAAAUCAAACAUUGCAGGUGUUAAUGUGAGCAGCAUGCCAACUCAGCCUUGGCCGACAUAAGCACUUUUUUACUUCCUCUUUCUUUGAUGUUUGUGAAGUUGCAUUGUUUGUGUUAAAAGGUAAAGCCUGUGGGAAUUUUAAAAAGUAUAUUCUUUAAAAUAA